AAGCGGCACAUAGUGACAGAAAUCGAAUGUUUUCUAUUUUAUUAUAAAUAUCUGUUAUUUAUUAGAUAAAUUCAAAAAUUAAAAAGAUUAAUAAUCGCUUAGUUUUGACCAACUAUAUAAUGCCUAAAUUACCUAUAUUAUCUUGAAAUUAAAUACAUUUUGAAUUAAAUGGAUUCGAGUAAAAUAAUAAGGUCAAUAUCAGCUAUGUCAAUGAACUCAGAUGAGCAGAGUGAUUAUAUUAUCCGAUUGUUAUCAAUCAUGGAAAACCAAAAUAAUGAAUUAGUGGUGGGAAUGCCAGCAUUGCCCGCAUUAUCUGUAGUGAAAGAGGAGCCUACAGAGCCAAACAAUUCUAAGCAAGACACACAACAAUCCCAAGUACAGGAUGCAAUUUGUAUCGAGGAAGAAUGCAAUGAUCAACGUAUUGAGUGUACGACUGAAAGUCAGGAAAGUGAAAUUCGUGCAUUUUUGUCAAAGUGUAUCUUUUGUAACAAGAUGUUCACCUUGGGAGAUGAUCCAAAACUUUUGGAGUGUUUACAUGCAGCUUGCGCAAUAUGUAUCAAUAAUAAAAUCAGUGACCAUAAUACAUCAGUCGAUGUAGAUAUAUUGUUAGAAAGUAACAUGAUUAUGUGUCAUGUGUGUAAUGUAACUAGCCAAGUGGAAAAUUUGAUUGAAAAUAGAUUUCUCUCAAAACUGUUGGAAGAAGAUAACGAUUUAGGAUUAGAUGACGAGACUAAAGAAACUGAAGAAAAGAAAUGUACCAGCUGUCACGAUAACAUUGUUGCUACUAGUUGGUGCAUGGAAUGUGAAGAAUUUAUUUGUCAAAAUUGUGUUAUGGCACAUCAAAGAUUGAAAAUAACCAAGGAUCAUGUAAUCAAACCUAAGGAUGAAAUAGUAAACGAUAGAGAUAAUGUUAAAAGAGGCAAUAAGAAAAUACCUGGAUAUUUGUUUUGUACAAUUCAUUCCCAUGAACAAUUAUCUUUAUUUUGUCAAACAUGCGACAAAUUAACUUGUAGAGAUUGUCAACUCAGCGAACAUCGAGAUCACAAAUAUAAAUUUAUUCAUGAAAUUGCAGCUGAAACUCGUACUUCCAUGUCAAUUUUACUUAAAGAAGUAAGUUACAAACGUGUAUUGUUGAAAAGUGCGAUGAAAGUUAUAGAAGAUAGACAAAUUCUAAUAUUAGAAAAGAAAAAAAGUCUUGUUCAAGAUAUAACACAAAUGGUAGUACAAUUAACGAAUGCUAUUAAUACAAGAGGAAAGCAAUUGGUAAUGAGAUUAAAUGAAGUAUGUGAUCAAAAGCAGAAUACAUUAAAUGAGAAAAAAGUUGCUUUAGAUCAAUUAUCCAGACUAACGGAUCACUGUAUCCUCUUUGGUACUCAUGCUUUGAAGAAAGGCUCAGAUAUGGAAUUAUUAUACAGUAAAAAGUACUUCAGAAUUCAUUUAUCACUGGAGAAAGUACCAGAUUUAAUAAAAGUAGUUUCAUCAAUUGGGGCAAUAGUUGUUGAUGGUAGAGUAUAUCCAUCUAUAUCUCCUGUAAUUGGCAACAAUAGUACGGUAACUUAUAAUGAAUCACAAACCGACCAAAAGCAAACUAAUUCGAAUGUUCAUGUGGAUAAUAUUCCUAUUGUUGUUCAACAAGCAUUACCAUCAGUAAUGGUAACACAGCAAUCUACCAGCAUGCAACAUAAUUCUUAUCAGCAACAAGCACCUGUGCAUCUAUCACAGCAGCAGCAGCAGCAGCAGCAACAACAACAACAACAACAACAACAACAAUCUCAAAACUAUAUACAACAAUAUAUCGUACCUCAUAGUAUAUCACCUCGAUCAUCGCCACAAGCGCAUCAGCGUGUGCCGUAUUCUGUUAACUACAGCAACAACAGGUUACAACAACCUCUAUUGAUACAAAGGCCAUUAGGAACUUGUCAUCAACAAGUAACAUCAUCUACACAUCCACAUCAGCAAGCGCAAAAUUUGGAUCAACUUGGACAGAGCACAAGUUUACGCGGUCUUCUCGCGCAUAAUUCUAUUCCGCCACCUCCUUAUCCAUCGUUCCGAUCAUCUACGAAUCAUGUACCAUACCGAUUUUCUCCUGGAUUUAGAUAUUCCUCAAGUAAUAAUCCUCAAAGAGUCCAAGUACCAUCAUCUCAUACAUAUCAAGCAGCAAGUACAUCUGUUGUAACAACACGUUUGCAACAAUGCAACUUAACUUCUCCAUCAACGCAACAUAUCGGAAAUUAUCCCGUCCAUCGUUGGCAUAUACCACAACAAGCGAAUCCUUGCCUUCCUUACACUUUGCCUCGACAUCAACAUGUAUCUACUUAUUCAUCACUUCCUACCAAUGAUACAUAUAAAAUUACUUUAAAAAAUCAACAGACCAGCAAUAAUCAAAAAUGUAGCACCAAUGUAAAUGCUACUUUGUGUGAUAAUCCACCUCAAUUGCAAACUUCAUCCACUGUCUCAUUAUUACAUGCUGUCAGUUCGUCAAUACCUAAAACACCUAGUCCUGUUACAACUCCUGGCAAGACGGAUGAUACUGAGAAAAGUCUAGAUAAAUUUUGUCAGAAAUCAUUAAAUGACCUAAUGCUUACUAUUGCAAAAUUAGAUAGUAAUGGGAUUUUAGUAAUACCAGAAGCUCAAAGAGGACAAAUAGAUUCGGCACAAGUAGAUAGUUCUACUGACGAGGAUAUAAAUUCAAUGGCAGAAAAUACAACAGUAGAUAAUACAAAAAGUACAACUGCUUCUAUGGUGAUAAAAGACGAUCCCAACGAAGAUUGGUGUGCUGUGUGUAUGGAUGGGGGAGAUGCAGUACUAUGUUGCGAUAAAUGUCCAAAAGUCUUCCAUCUUUAUUGUCAUAUACCUAGUUUAAAAUCAUUUCCAGAUGAGAGUGAAACUUGGCAAUGUAUGUUGUGUACAAAUGUACUUGAUUGUUCGGAUGAUAUAAUUGCACUGGAUAUAAUCAGGGAUAAAUUAAAAUCGGAUCAUAUAAAUCAUUAUACAGAUUUGAGACAAGUUAUGGCGGAUAUCCGACUCAUGUUUAAAAAUGCUUUUACAUACAAUCCCGUAGAUUCACAAGUUUAUCAGGAAGCUAGAAAUUUAGAAGAAUUUUUUGAGAAAUUGUUAUUGAAAUGGGCGCCAAAUUAUGCGUAUGAUGAUCCUUUUCUUACACCUGAUAAAGAUGAAGAUGAAGAAGUUUUUCCACCUAAUAGGAAAUAUAGACGCAUAAUUAAUGAUUAAUAGAAUAUAAAAGGGCUAUCAUGAAACACUUCGCCGAAAUUGUUGCAUCUGGCAUUAAUGUCAAUUCCAUGAUUUUAUAACUGUAAUUAGUACUAUAGUAUGCAAUAAUUUAGUAGAACACGAUAAAUAUUACAAAACAACAAAUAUGAUUAAAAAAAAAA